UGGAGGACCUGCGAGCCGCCGUCUGAAGAGAAGAGCCGACUGGCGGGCCGCGGCGGACGGACUCUCCUUCCUGCGCCUCGCUGGUGCCGGGAGGCGGGCCGCGGGGUCGCCGUCCGCGCCGCCCGCUCGCUGGGUCCGGCGGCCUCGGCGGCCUCACGUGACCGACGCGGGCUCUGGAGCCGCGGGCCGCGCUGAGGGAGCGGCGGCGGCGGCCGAGGGCGGCGACCGCAGCCGGGAGGUAGCGGCCUGGCGAGGGACGGGCCGCUGCCCUCUCGGACAGCGGCGGCGGAAGAGAAAGAUGGCGGAGGCCUCGGCGGCCGGGGCGGGCGCAGGCGCUGCUGUGGCCGCGCACCGGUUCUUCUGCCACUUUUGCAAGGGCGAGGUCAGCCCCAAACUACCGGAAUAUAUUUGUCCCAGAUGUGAAUCAGGCUUUAUUGAAGAAGUGACGGAUGAUUCCAGUUUUUUAGGUGGUGGUGGCAGCCGGAUAGACAAUAGCACAUCAACACAUUUUGCAGAGCUCUGGGAGCAUUUGGACCACACGAUGUUUUUCCCAGAUUUUAGACCAUUUCUAAGUAGCAAUCCACUGGACCAAGAUAAUAGAGCCAAUGAAAGGGGUCACCAAACUCAUACUGACUUCUGGGGACCAAGUCGGCCUCCCCGGCUGCCAAUGACUCGAAGAUACAGAUCACGGGGAAGUACUCGUCCUGAUAGAUCCCCAGCUAUUGAAGGAAUAAUACAACAGAUCUUUGCAGGAUUCUUCGCAAAUUCUGCAGUUCCUGGAUCCUCACAUCCUUUUUCCUGGAGCGGGAUGCUGCACUCCAACCCCGGGGACUAUGCCUGGGGUCAGACAGGGCUUGAUGCCAUUGUAACCCAGCUUUUAGGACAACUGGAAAACACAGGGCCUCCCCCAGCUGACAAAGAAAAGAUCACAUCUCUUCCAACAGUGACAGUAACUCAGGAACAAGUUGAUACGGGUUUAGAGUGUCCAGUGUGCAAAGAAGAUUACGCAGUUGAAGAGGAAGUCCGGCAGUUACCCUGCAACCACUUUUUCCACAGCAGCUGUAUCGUACCAUGGUUAGAGCUGCACGACACAUGUCCUGUGUGUAGGAAGAGCUUAAAUGGCGAGGACUCUACUCGGCAAACUCAGAACUCUGAGGCCUCUGCAAGCAACAGAUAUAGCAGUGACAGCCAGCUACAUGACCGAUGGACUUUCUGAAGCUGAAAAGCCCGCAUCUGAGCCACGGCUGUGGUAGUCUUAUCACAGCUGUCAGUUGUAUCGAAACAAAAAAAAUAGUAGGUGGAUGUAGGAAUCGCAUAAGAAACCCCAACCCAUAAUAUUAAUGCAGUGAGUGUUUUUCUUCUCUCAACUUAAAGUUAGUAUCUGCAGAUGGAAUUGUAUCUACAACCAAAUGCCUCUCAUUCCUGAAUUCAGAGUGAUACUUUUAUAAGUGUGAAACUUGAUGCUGUGGGGUCCCUGCCAGACAGAGUAGAAUCACUUUACCUUAAAAUCUGGCCAGGGCCCCACCAUCUGUCAUGUCACCUGGUCGUGGACGUUUCCACUUCCCGCUCUAGCCUCCACCCUGCCACUAGUAUAUUUUAUAGUAGAUGCAGUGGAACCACAGCCCUGAAGUCCUGCUGAUUUAAGGUCUUCCUGUUUUAAUUGUACAAAAACAUCUCCUCUUGGCCACAUUAGCCACAAAGCGAGGUCAGAUUAAUUCAGGAAUCUGAGACUAACGAUUCUUUUUUGUUUUGAAUCCUCAGAAAAUCAAAGAAAAAUUACAGUGGGGAGGAGAAAGUGGCUUAUUGUUGCACUCUGGUUUUCUCAUUUUAUUUUCAAAGACUACUUCAUGAGGUGCAGUUCCUGCAGAAGCCUGUGUGACACACCUUAGGAAUCUUAAGUUGGUGGGAAUCUGAUCCUGGUUCCUUUUUGCAAAUGAGUUGGGUAGCACACAGGCACAGGAGGACAGAUAUUUGAAAUCUUUGAUUCUGGGGCUAUUUUAAAUGACCCCCAACUCCUUGUUUACUGCCUUUUGUCAUGGGAACCUUAUAACAGUUUCCCUCAGAAGUGAAAUUACUUCAUUGCACUGUUUUUAGUAAUUCAUUGGUCUUCAGCAAUUGAGAGUUCACCUUGUCUCGUUUUAAUUUUUUAAGCCCUUUUAUAAUCCCUGAAAUCUUUCUCUUCUGCUUAGUUCUGGCUGUACUUGGAAUUAGAUUGAUUAUUGUGAUCAUGCCCGAAACAACUUGGCCUUGGAGAGGUGGGCUGUAGGUUUUCAGCCUGACACUGUCUCAUUGCACAUGCUCUUCGAAGCAUUUAAGUGUUUAAAGUUGAAUAAAUGAAGAAGAUGAAGAAUGUU